AGCGAAUUGCAGUAAUUUCAAUAUUUUAAUCAUUGUUGGACGCCCGCCUCCCAUGCGUUUCUUAUGGACCACCUAUGAUCGGCUCUUCCGCCUAAGCAGCAUUGUCAGCGGUCUGCGUCUGUCAGCGAACUCACCCGGCGACGGCAGACCGACAUUUUCCACUGCGGUUCAUUUCGCCCGGAAACUCACGAUGCAUUCAACGCAAAAUGCAGCCCACCGCAGCAACGGAAACUCGGACGGAGCAGAGAAGACUGGGCCGGAGCCCCCUGCUGGGAACACCCCCACGCUCCUUGUGGGGAACACUGGUUCCCCAGCGGGAGCGAGGCGGUUUGGAAACGUGCUCGACGUUAAUGACAGAAACAUUCGGACUCCCAGCCCUCUGUUCGGAGCCAAUUGUGAUGACGACUCCGAGGCAGAGUCUUUCCGGGAUGGGAGAAGCGAUGAGGUCGACCGGGAAACUAAGAGCAGGGCUUUCAUUUGGUGCCGGGACUUUUUAUCUGGAUCGUGGAGGACCAUCCACGAGACAGACUUUCACAUCAGCAUCGUCAGCGGGGGACUGAGUAAUCAGUUGUACCUUUGUAGUUUGCCUGAUCACAUUCCCUGUGUGGGAGAAGAACCUCGCCAGGUGCUCCUCAGAAUCUACGGUGCCAUCUUGCAGGGUGUGGACUCUUUGGUUUUAGAAAGUGUGAUGUUUGCCAUCCUGGCAGAAAGAACGUUGGGCCCAAAACUGUAUGGCAUCUUUCCUGAAGGGCGUUUGGAACAAUAUCUUCCGAAUACCCGUAUGCUCACAGAUCAGUUGGCAGAUCCAGCCAUCUCAGCAGAAAUUGCCAUCAAAAUGGCCCGCUUCCAUAAAAUGGUCAUGCCCUUUAACAAAGAGCCCAAGUGGUUGUUUGGGAGCCUCAAUAAAUACAUGGAUCAAGUAAUGAACAUCAAUUUUGUGCGUGAAGCACAUUUGAAAAAAUAUAAGAAGCUGAUGAAGUUGGACCUGCCUGCAGAGCUGGAGAACCUCCGUAAACUGCUGGCAGCAACUCCGUCACCAGUGGUGUUUUGCCAUAAUGAUGUCCAAGAAGGAAACGUCCUUGACCUAAAGGACAAAGACGGCAACUCAACCGACAGACUCAUGCUGAUAGACUUUGAAUACAGCAGUUACAACUACAGGGGUUUCGACUUUGGAAACCAUUUCUGCGAGUGGAUGUAUGACUACACAUACGACGAGUGGCCCUUUUUCAAAGCGACGCCAAAGAACUAUCCAUCAAGAGAGCAGCAGCUUCUUUUUAUCAGAAGUUAUCUGGGCGAAUAUGAGAACCACUGUGACGUUGGCGUGGACCCAACACAGAUUGAAGAAGACAUGAUCAUCGAAGCAAACAGGUAUGCAUUAGCAUCACACUUCCUGUGGGGGCUGUGGUCUAUCAUUCAGGCGAAGUUAUCCAAAAUUGAGUUUGGAUAUAUGGAUUACGCCCAGGUCCGCUUCGAUGCCUACUUCAAGCAAAAAAAGCUUUUCUCCUGAACGCUGCGGCAUUGAUCUGCUCCAUGUUUGUUUUCAAACUUUUAUGGGCCUUUGCAGGAAUGUCAACAAUUCCCAAAAUCCUAUGAUAUUAAUAGAAGUGAAUCUCCACAAAGAGAGAACUCUCAUUUCCAUGUGGUUUAUGAUAAGGAGAGACGUUCUGCUGCUAUGGAGAGCAGGAAGACUGUUAUCAUUUUUUAUUUGCUAUUUUCUUCUGUUGGUCAGUUUGUUUUUGCAACUUUGAAUUUCCUUGGACCAGUUUAUGUUUAUGUAUUUUCUGCUUGUGAAUUUGAUUUUGAUCUGGAUCACUGAUUUUAAUUUAAGGUGACAUCACAAUUUAAGCACUCUACCUUUUAGUCACUGGCAAAAAAAAAGCUAGGUUAUUCCUAGAAAUUGACUAGUGUGCACUUCUGCUGCACGAACUGACUGUUCCUUUUUUUGUCUUCAACUGUCUAUACUUUAUUUAAAAAGCAGUUUAUGUUUUAAUCCUAAAGUUAUUUUUCUUCUUUUUAUGUCAGUAUUUAGUUUUGUUAGGUUUUCUCUGCUAGCAAAACUAGGAUGUAUUUUUCAGAUAUCAGGUUUUGUUCGAUGUCUGCGAGCUCAUGUUUUUUUAAACUUUAAUUAAUGAAUGUACAAAGUACACACCUGUGCGUAUCCACUCCAUUUUCUUACAUUAGAAACAAGCGAUUUUAUGUGCAGCUGUUUUUGAAUCCGUCCUUUUCCAGUUAAAUAUGGCUAUAUUUGCACUUAUAAAUAAAGCCACUAAACUGAC